AUUGGCAAAGGGAAGAAGCUGAGAUAACAAAAUCUGAACAAUUUCGUCUCUUUCCUUGCUCUUGUCACAGACAAUUGGAAGGAAGAGGAGAGUUUGCACUUUGAGCAUUAAGGUUUGAAUUUGAAGAGCGAUUCUAAUCCUUUACUUCAACCAAAACUCUAUCAUUUAAGUUCUAAAGGGAUUUAAGUGAACUAGAAAUAAGCUUGUGGUGUGGGGUUUGUAUGUUUUGAAUCUUAUGGAAGAAUGGUUAGGGUGUCUAACUUCACGAUGAAUUGAUGUAGCAGAUAAAAAUUUAAAGAAAAAAGAUAUUUUGCUGCCACCCAAAUGAAUCUGUUACUCCCCAACCUGCCACACCAACUCUCAUUUUCCAAAUCUUUGUCAACCCCACAACACCACUUCCUGGAAAUCCCCACCAAGAAGCCUUCAAAUGUGAGCACCAUAAUCCGCAUGGGUGGGGGUCCAAGAACCUUCCCGGGAGGGGUAUCGAAGUGGCAAUGGAAGCGCAUGCAGGCAAAGAAGGCAAAGCAGCUUCUGAAGGCGAGGCUGAGCCGUGAGAGGCAGAUAUAUGAGAUGAGGAAAAGGGCUGAGUUGAAGGCUGCGGUGUCUGAGUUGGAGAGGCCAUGGGAGGUUGUUGAGAGAGCCCCCAACUUGUUCUCUGUUGAUGCUGAUGAACAGGUUAAGGUUCUUGCUGAUAGGUUUCAGAAGCCUGGGGGUUUUGAUUUGUGGAGUGAGAAGGAUGGGCCUCAGUUGUUUGAGACCCCUGAUCAGUUGCCCUCUGCAAGGUUCUUCCCUAAAGGGGUUGUUCAUAGUGUCAAGCCUUAUAGGAAGGUUGAUGGGUAUGGGUUGGUUAAAGGCAGUGCUCUUGUGGAAGAAGAUGGAGUGACGGAGGGUGUUGAUGGGUCUAAUGGGGGAGAGUGUUCUUCUUCUUUGAGUUAUGGAGGGAAAAUAAUGCACUUUGAUGGAGGUUUGAGCAACGAGGGGAAUGUUGAUGAAGGGUCUGAGUAUGAAUCUGAUGAUGAAGAGUGUUCUUCUUCUCCUAUGAGCUAUGGGAGGAGUGUUGAUGGUGGAAUCAGGAAAGAUGGGAAUGGAAGGCGGUUUUUGGCUGAGGAUGUUGGUUCGUCUACAAACAGAGAUGGAGAGAGUUCUUCUGCUUUGAAUUAUGGGAAGAAUGGGGUGAGUGUUGAUGGCAGAAGGAGGAAAAAUGGGAAUCGAAGUAGGAGUUUCUCAAAGGGUGUUGAUGGGGCUGGUGAUGGAGGGCGUUCUGUUCCUUCUUCAAGUUUUGGAAGGAAUGGAGUAAGUUUUGAUGGCAGAUUGAGGGAUGAUGGGGGUGGAAGGAUGGAUUUAUCCAUGGAUGUUGAUAGAUCUGAUGGAAGCAGAUUGAGGAGGAAGGAGUAUGGAAAGAGGGUUGUCUCAAAGGAUGGUGAUGGGUCUAAUGAGUUGUAUUCAGAGGGAGUUGGUUCUGUCAGGAAACAUAGAAGGAGUAACUCCAUUGCAGGCAGAAGGGGAGGAAAAUAUACUAGCAGAACUUCAAAUUAUGCUUCACCAAGAGGUAGAGGUGCAAAUUCUGAAGUUUACGAUAUGGGUUUGCAACAAGAUGGGAGUUACGGUUUCCAGCAGAAGAAUGAGCAAUCCGAUUCAACAAGUUGGUAAAACUGUCAAGUCAACAAAUUUUGUUAUUGGCAAAAAGUUUGCUCAUGCAUGAUGACUGAUGCUUUGUCUACGAGAGUGAAUGUCAUUUUGGAAGGCCUUUUCUAGUCAGCUUAAUUUUAUGUCUGAUCUGCAAAUGUGGCAAAUUGAAACUAGACUAGAACUAGUCAAAUGUGAUGUCAUCUUGUUGAAGUAUAUUUUGUAUAUAUUAUAUUUGAAUCUCAAAUGAAUACAUUAAAUUUCAA